AUGUUAGAGAAAGAUAAUCUCUACUCCCUGUUCGGAGUGUUUUUGGGCAAUAGUAUUAUUUCGUCUCCAGUUCACAUAUGGAAGAAGUACCGGAAGCUGAUGAACCCCGUGAUGUGUCCUUCUAAUGUGGAGAACUUCCUUCCGGUCUUCAACGAAGUCAGCAGGAAGUUAACAGAACAGUUAUCGGUCAGCUCCCCACCUUCAGAUCGCACUGAUGAGAUUUUUGAAAUGACCGUGAUUGCUGGCACAAGAACAAUAAUUUCAAGAAAAAUCAUUUUGGAUCAUUUAAUGGAAGCAAAAUUCAUACUUCAUAAUAUUGGCAAGCUACUCAUCUUAAGGCUUUUCAAGUUUUGGCUACAUAUUGACUGGCUGUUUAAAUUGCUCUAUGGGAAGGAGAUAAACGAAUGUUUAAAAAUUCGAGACAAAUGUAUGAGCGAUCUCAGUCAGGAAUGGAAAGAAGGAGCCACUAUUAAAAAGGGAGUGAUUCCAGGCGCAAAUCAGAACAGCGAACGCUUAUCAGGCUUAAACUUAGUGGAUGUAAUGUUUGAAAAUUUGCCAAUGGUAUCAGAUGACCAUGAUUGGAUGGAUGAACUUAUAACUAUGAUACCAGGUGCAACUGACACAGUUGUUUCUGCUCUGUCUUUUCUGCUUCUCACAAUUGGACACUAUCCGGAAGUACAGGAAAGGAUGUUCAUGGAGAUUCAGGAAGUAAUGGGAGACCUGGACCGUGACGUUACCUCUGCCGACGUUAAAGCCAUGAAGUACCUGGACCAGGUCAUUCUAGAGAGCAUUAGGCUACAUGGUAACGCUGUUUUAAUCAUGAGAAAAGCUACAAAUGAUACUAAAAUAGACAGUUGCACUCUGCCAGCUGGUAGUCGGGUGUUGAUAAUGCUCCACGCUUUGGGCUGGAACAAAAAACGGUUCCCAAAUCCUGAACAGUUCCUGCCUGAACGGUUCUCUCCAGAACAAAAGAAACUGCGACAUAUCUACUCUUUUAUGCCAUUCAGCGCUGGUCCCCGCAACUGUAUAGGGAAGGCAUACGCGAUGGUGAUCCUGAAGACAGCCCUGGUCCAUAUCCUGAGACGCCUGCGAGUUAAAUCACACACAAAAUUGUCAGACAUAGAGUACGAGCUGAGGACGAUAAUGUUCAGCAAGACCCCGCUACUGGUCACCUUCCAUCCGCGAUAGCGACGGUUGUAUUUUAAUCUCCUAUAGAGCAUACGAGUUGAAUAUGGUUAAUUAUUAGUAACCUUAGCAUGAAUCCUCAUGAAUGUUUUUUGUGCGUAAAAACCAAUUGUUAAAUAUAGUGGUUAGUGUUUGCUACUUUGUAUUUUAUUAUUUCUCUUUAAACUGCAACACUUAAUUUUAAAAAUCAAAGGCCAUACUUUAAUUAGUAAAAACAUUUAUGCUGUAAUAUGAUGAAAACCUACAAGUUUGUUAAACAUAAGUAGACAUAUCAGAUACGUACUAUUAUUUCAGAAUCCAUGGUUGAGAGAUUCAAAACGUAAAUACUGGUUUUAUUUUAGGUUUUUCUGUAUUAAUAAACAUAUAAGUCUCUAAAACCUAAUUUGGUCAAAAAAUUUUAACUUUCUUCUGUUUAGAGUAAUUUUCUAUAUAGCAUAUUUCAGGUGUCAUUGUUAAGUUUGAUUUGUGCACAAAAAGAAAAUAUAUAUCACCAAAAAAUAUGUGCAAACAAAAACCAACUUCGAUUAAAAAGCGUCUAUUUUUGGCUCUUAAUUACUUUCCGUCAAAGAUAUUUCUUCUAUUUAAAAGUUUGCUUAUUUGUCCCGUUAAAGAAAACAUAUAACUUACGUACGACUAAAAAGUUACUGCGGUACAAAAGAGUCAAAUACGACCGAUUAAAUUCAAUUCCGCUCUAAUUUAUUUACGACUUCACAGUUGAGUAUACUUCACACUGGCCAAGAAAAUAAACACACGUGUGGGUUUUGGAAUCUAACUUACAUUUAAAGUCGUUUAUGUGCAGUCUGGUGCUUUUAUUAAUCUACAGACCUGAGGCGUUUUCUCUGAGAAAUUAGAGCGCACCACUGAAGAACUGUUUUCCUUUUCACUAAAACCUGAAUAAAGACAUAAUUAACAGAAGGGCUUAUUGUAACUUUGGUAGAACUCAUCUUGACAAACUUUCAAGUGUUUAAUUUAAAAUCAUAUUAACCUACUUAGAAAAUUGUAUUGUAAUUUUGAUUCAGUUACGCAUCUUUAAUGUUGAACAGUUUAAUAAGUUUCUAGUAUUUAUGAUUAAGUUGCACAUAUUAUUAACCUCAACCUACAUGCAUAUUAGCUCUGUUACGAUGUUUUUGGUUUAGAUGUGUAAGUUAUACGUAUUGACAAAUCUUAUGAUGUUCCUGAUGAUCAUAAUUGUGAAACUUGAAUACUAUGAUAAUUUAUUCAAUGAUAGUAUAACCUUUUAUAUAAUGAGUUUUAAGUGAUCAUCAGUAAUUCAACGCUCAUUAUGGAUUUUCAUAGUAAUAUUUUGUAAAAAAAUUAAAUAUACUUAUUUUAAAUUCAA